GGGAGCAUUUUCGUGAUAUUUUCAUUUUUUGCUUGCGUCUCAUAAUACUAAUACCCACUACUCUUCAAUGGCUUCUUCUCUCAGUAAUCAUCUCAUCUAAUGGAACCCUUCAAUAUCAACAUUUCCGCUAUCCUUUCCUGGAUUCCCUUACAUAACCCACAAAACAGAUUUCAGUAGCUAGCACCACACCACUGCCAAAAACAUCUCCUUUUUUCAUUGCCAUGGAGGAAACCCAUAUUUUGUUUGGGAAAUACGAGAUGGGGAGACUGUUAGGGAAAGGCACUUUCGCCAAGGUUUACCAUUGCAAAGACUUGACAACCGGCGAAAACGUGGCCAUUAAAGUCGUCAGUAAAGACCAGGUGAAGAAACAAGGCAUGAUGGAGCAAAUCAAGAGGGAAAUCUCGGUGCUGCGCCUUGUUCGUCACCCAAACAUUGUGGAGCUCAAAGAAGUAAUGGCGACCAAGACCAAGAUCUUCUUCGUUAUGGAGCACGUCCGUGGGGGCGAACUGUUUGCCAAAGUGUACAAAGGCAAGCUCAAAGAAAAUGUUGCUCGUAAGUACUUUCAACAGCUGAUAAGCGCCGUUGAUUUCUGCCAUAGCAGAGGCGUCUCGCACCGUGAUUUGAAGCCUGAGAACCUCCUUUUAGACGAAAACGAAGACCUUAAGGUCUCUGAUUUUGGGUUAUCGGCUUUGCCCGAGCAGGUCCGCAAUGAUGGGCUCCUCCAUACGCAGUGUGGCACGCCAGCUUAUGUUGCCCCAGAGGUACUGAAAAAAAGAGGCUAUGAUGGACCCAAAGCUGAUAUCUGGUCUUGUGGGGUUAUCUUGUAUGUUCUUCUCGCUGGUUUUUUGCCAUUUCAAGAAGAGAAUGUUAUGAACAUGUAUAAGAAAGUUUUCAAAGCUGAAUUUCAGUUUCCACCAUGGUUUUCGACCGAAUCCAAGCGUUUGAUCUCGAAACAUUUAGUGGCUGACCCCGAACAGAGGAUCACGAUCCCGGAUAUAAUGCGUGUUCCUUGGUUUCUAAAAGGGUUCAAACAUCCUCUCUCAUUUUCGAUCGAAGAACCGGUGCUGGAUCACGUAGAGGAUGACAAGCUACCGUCUCCGAAAUUCUUCAACGCGUUCGAGUUCAUUUCGUCCAUGUCGUCAGGAUUCAAUUUGUCGAGUUUGUUCGAGAAGGAGAGGAAAUCCGGGACUAUGUUCACGUCUAGGUGUUCAGCUAGUGAUAUCAUAGCUAAAAUCCAAGGUGUUGCCAAGGGGUUGAACUUUAAGGUGAGGAAAGUAAAGGACUUCAAGUUGAGAUUACAAGGACCGUCUGAGGGAAGGAAAGGGAGACUUUCGGUGACGGCGGAGGUGUUCGAGGUGGCACCGGAGGUUGCAGUGGUUGAAUUCUCCAAGUCGGCCGGGGAUACCUUAGAGUAUGCCAAGUUUUGCGAGGAAGAAAUUAGGCCCGCAUUGAAAGACAUAGUUUGGACAUGGCAAGGUGACAGUUUCAACCAUUGUAGCAAUGUUAAAAUUGAUGAUGAAGGAUGUAAAAUGCAAGUUCUACCCACAGCCUACCCUACACAUAAUUUGUAAAUACGUACACUGUGAUUAAAACAGUGAUAUAAGACUGGAUUUUGCAUACAUAGAUGCAUAUAAUAGAUGCUAGCCAUGGAGUGUGUGUUUAGGAUUCUUUUGGAUGCACAGAGGAAAGAUGUUAAUUAAGACAAAAUUGCAUCUUCAAAGUUUCAAGUGUAUUGCAAUGGCUGAAAGAUUUAUUGUUUUUUGUAUACUUUAUAACAUUGUUUCCUAGGGACUAAAA